CAUCGAAUUACACGUUGUGGUUUGGGGCUGAAAGGCGUCUAUCUAUUCCCUCUUAGUUCAAAUGAGAAGCGUUUGAUGGUACCACUAAGGGUACCGAGAAAUUGAUCUUCUCGGCGAGAACACUGCGACUUGCCGCUUUACCCGCGGGAUUCGCAGGCAUGGCUUCGUCUGGCUUCUCUUGCACCCACUGCGGCAAGGAAUUCAACGGCCCGGUACCAUAUUUUGCUCACCUGCAAACCGACAAGCACCGCAAGAAGGCAGCGCAGACACAGGUCGGGAGCGCACUCGGACCAGGAGGCGAUGCCUCAGUUGCCUGCGGCACCAUUGGGUCCAGUGAUGGCAGCUCCGAGCCGAAACCCAGGGCGCCUCCAAUGAGGCGUAAAAUAUCGAGGCCUAUAAUUUGCCGUGUCUGCAAUGUCCCUGUGAACUCGAAAAUUUCCUUGGAAAUCCAUAACAAGGGGAAAAAUCACCAACGUAUGCUCAAAAACGAAGAUUACCGGGCUCGCCUUGAGGCCAUAGGGGACGCCGCGCCCUCGCAAGCUGGGACUUCGGCUGGUCGGUCGGGAGCGGCUCGGACCACUCCUUCCGCACCCACUACCGAGAAGCAGUCGACGGUGGAGCCGGGGGUCGUCGACCUCUCCUGCCAGCGGUGUGGCAUCGUGCUCUUCAAGAGCAUCGAGCACAAGGUCAAACACCUGCGCAAUUGCCCCCGCUUCACGAGUCCCUGGUGGAACAUCGUCCAGUCAUACGAUGACGAAGAUGACUGGGAAACCCUGAUGGGGCUAAUGCAGCUGACCAUCCGCGAGGAUCCGUAGGAUGGGCCGACGAGGAUUGUAGAGAGUGCUUGAGCUAACUAUUCAAAGUCCGGGGGGCGAUGACCCCCAUUCGUGACUUUUGUGAUUGUCAUCGAUAACAGCAGGCCGGCAGUCGUUCCAGGAUGCCAUUUACCCGUCACCUUGUGCGACAUGUAUUUCUCAAGCAGAUUCACUAUGCCCAUGUCAACAACAACGACAAGACAGACCGCCCCAACAGGGAUCGCCUGCGAAUCCAAGCAUUCCACAGGUCCACGCCCCUAGCUUUCUUUCUUUCUUCUUCUUUUCUUUUGUUUCCUUUUAAGUCUUAAGUGCGCGGAAGCCCUGUUAUUUUCUCUACUCUUUCAGUCUUCCCAUGUUUCUGGUUUUUUCUUUUAUCAGGUGUAUUUUGACUUCUUCGUGCGUGAGUGAGGAAUAAAUAAACCUGAUGUUUGCAGCUUCUGCGUAGAGCCUGUAGAUGUUGAAGUGAUUAUCAUAUCGCAAGGAGAUAGUUCGUGGUAGUCGAUGCAGACGCUGCGCCAAAAAGUGGUGACGAGCGCCACUGCAUACGGGUUUAACUUUU